UGGAGCAGGCACAGCGGGGCCUGGACACAGAGCAGAUGCAGCAGCAGCAGCUGAAACUACGAGACCGGCAGAAGUUCUUUGAAGAGGUUUUCCAGCAUGAUGUGGAUUUCUUCUUCCCUAUGUCUCACCUGCAGAUAGAGCAUCGGAGACCCCCCUUAGGCAGCAUUUCCUCCAUGGAGGUGAACGUGGACAUGCUGGAGCAGAUGGACAUGAUGGACCUGUCAGACCAGGACACCAUGGAUGUGUUUCUGGGCUGUGGGACAGAGGAGAGCAGUGUUGCUGGGCCCCUGCCAGGGGCGGAUGCCAACCAGUGCCCAGAGGAAAUCACCCUGCAAGUGCCCAACACAGCCGAGAGCAAGUCACGCAUUUCUUCCACAUCCUCGGUCUCCACGGAUCUGAACAGCCUGGACACCAGCGAGGAGGGGGCCGAGACCCCGGUGGUGCAGUCGGAUGAGGAGGACCUGCAGGAGGACAGUCCCAAAGAGCAGGUGGCAGCAAGAAGCUAGCAGCCAGCCCUGCCCUGCUCCCAGCCUCCUCGUAUGGACCUGCCAGCCCAGAGGAAGGAAAGCUGCUGGCGCUCAGUAAACCCCUCACUGGACUGCUGCCCUGCAGGAGAGGAGAGAUGACUUUCCCCUUCUCUCCCUCUGCAGGUUCUCCUGGCAGCCAAUGGAGAAGGAAAAAGGGGUAUUGUAGAUUCCCAAAAUUAACUCUUCAGGCUUUGCUGCUAACACUCCCUGCUUCACUCCCCUGAAAUGCUCAGCAACCCACAGCCCCACCAUUCCCAGAAAGCCAUCCCUUGGGAUCCCAGCUCCCCACGCCCUACUGACAAAGGUCCUGUCCAGACAAGCAUUUAACGAUGGCAUACAGAGAAAUAACACUCCAGUCUAA